AUGCUGUCGCGCACCAGAAACACCUUGGUCAUGAACCUGAGGUCCACAAACAUCUUGGCGAAACUGGCAACCGACUGGUCGAACGACGCAUAUGCCAACGGUUUUGGCGGCGACCGGUUGUUCAGCGUUCGUUGCACGUUCGUGGAGAAACACGCAGUCUUUGGCAGCGAGUCCACGAGCUUGGCGGUCUCCGGAGACGCCAAAGUGUCCAAUAACGAAACAGCUUUGUCGAUAUAG